AUGAAAUGGAUUCGACUCGAGGCGACGAGUGGGUUGCGCAUCAUGGCGCCGUCAUUUAGUCCGCCGCCACGCAUGGAAGGCAUUGAUAAAUUCUUUGAUCAUCCAAUUCAUGCACGAACUUUUCACUGUUUUCGUGACUCAAUGGGAACAACGGAUUGUAAUAGUAGUAGUGAUAACAACAACAAUAAUGAGAAGAAUAGUAGUCUUGGCUGUACAGAAGAGAUUCUGGUGUUAUUGCAACGACAAUCCCUUGGAGGUAAAUUGGGUGAAGUGACGAUUGCGGUUGGGGGAACAGAAGUUUCGCAGGCGGAGUUGGAGGUUCUUCUCGAUUGUGCCUUUGAGGCGGUCAUGCGUACAAAUAAUAACGGGGUUCGUCUCCUAUUUGAUACACUGUGUACAUCUUCAUUCCCUUAUCUCUCUUCUCUGGUUUAUUCCACUUCCGCUACUUCUAUUAUAUCAUCAUCGUCAACAACAAUAGCACAGGAUGAAGUGGUGGUUGAGUAUGAUGGACUACCAACAGGGAAAAGAAAUACAAACGGUGAACAGCGGCGUAUAGGUGAUUGGCGUGAAAAGGAUGGAAUAACAUGCAGAGAUAAUAAAAAGUCUUUGAAAGCCCUACGUGCGGCCUUUGCACGACGUAAGGCACUACUUUACUUUGUAGCUCAAGAUGUUGUGCCCGUUAGUUUAUUGCACUGUCGGGUGCAAAGUACAACAAAGUCUUAUGGAUGUACUUCAAGUGUUGCAGAUGCUGUACAUUCAAGUCCAAAAGAUAUUCAAUCUCUUGCGGUAUCUUCCACAUGUGCAUGUAAGUGUUUAUUAGAUGUUGUGAACCGUACACUUGCUGCAGCUUAUGAUAUAGGGAAUGGUAAUCAUAAACAGUUGCGAGAGAUAUGGAGUACGGGUUUUGAUAAACCACCAUUUAUUGCCACUUUUUCUACAAGUGGUAUUCUUUUUGCUUCGCCAUCUUUUUUUCGUCUCACAGAUCACCGUGAUCGUUUAUUUAUAUCGGGUUUAGCAAUAGAUCAAUUGUGUCGCUGGUCUGUAGAAGAACGACAAGGACCACGGGUACAAACUUCUCUAGUACAUAUACAUGAUCUAAUGCUAAAAUGUAAGAGAAGUGGUACAUUGUUAAAUAUACUUUUUCUCUCUAUUGGAAGUGCCGUAUCAUGUGUAUUUGGUUUUUUUUACUCUGGUGAUGCGAAUGAAGGGGCAUUAUGGGGUGCCGCCACACUACGACAGUUUAUAGAGAAACAUCUUAUAACCCCAAGGACGACUGUAACGAUUGGUGUAACUGAAAAGAUGAAGAGUCCAUUAGAAGAUACUGAUCUUGAUGGGGAAUUGCAUGAAACUGUGGUUUCCUUCGCCCCACACAUGUUACUUUGUAUGGCAUCUGUACAUCCAACACCAUGGUUUUAUCGAAUUUUAUAUGAAAUGCGUAAAGUAGAAGAAGAAGCCACACGAGAUACCUUAUUUGGAAUGGAUGAAGUACCCAAUAUUAAUAAUAAUAAUAAUAAUAAUAAUAAUAAUAAUAAUAAUAAUAAUAAUAAUAAUACCGUACCUCCUAAAUCACGAGAGCGUUGUAAUUAUUUUUCACUUUUUUCUCAUUGUGGAAGGAGUAAAUCUUCUUCAGUUGCAUCUCGUCCAUUUGUAUGGUAUACAGACACAGUGGAUCUUCCAUUAGAUCUUGCUUGGUGUGUGGCUGCCAGUCAUAUUGUGAAGGCAGAGGCAAGUAUAUGCACAGAAGGUCGUGAAUUGGGGCUCUAUGCACUUUUUUCAAUGAUAUCGCCUACGGCUUCUGAUUCAAAUACUGUUGCUAUUGCAGAAAAUGAAGGAGAAAUACGACGUUAUGCGGUUAGUUGGUUUCAACACUGUUGGCGUAAUACCUUCUUUGCGGAGGGAAAGAAGAAGAAGAAAAAAGAUAAUCAUAAUGACGAUCCCUACAAGUAUGAGAAUAACUACAACACUGGUAGUAAUACUCCAGAGCCUGAUCCAACAAGACUUCUUCGAGGACUUUCCUCCGUUGGAGGUGGUCCACGUAUCUCAUUACAUUAUGAGAUGAGAGAAAAAGGUGGUCAUCUUUUCCAUCGAAGAAAAAAUAAAUAUGAGGUUUACACUGAUGAUGAUACACCGGCGUUUACUUCUCAAUCAACUGUUUUUCCAUUCUCUCUUCUUAUUGAUGGAGAUGAAGCGGAGAGUUUUAUGGACUCCGAUACCGUAAAGGAGUUAAGGACCAUGACUGCUUUUUACGCCUUGAGUUUGCAAAAAAUUAAAAGUUCUUCCACUGAGGCAGUCGUUCAAGAAAUGUUACUAAUGGAAGGUGAUCAAAUGGAGCAUGAGGAAGAUGUUACUGCGUUACUACAGAAACGACACGGAUCGUUGUCUAGUGGCGAUGCUUUUGCUGCCUGUCAUCAAGUAUCACGUUGUGUACUGGAGGAUGUUUGGCGCUAUCCUUGUUCAUAG